GCCGCACCACUUUCCCUCCCCGCCCGCCUCAAUGUGUACCUCUUCGGCCUGGUAAUUCUCUCUAGAUUCUAGAGGUUUUUUUCUUAUCUUUUCUAUUGUUACUGUGGCUUAAUCCGCCCAUCAUGCUGCCAUAUGUUGACGCAGUUUUCGAUUAUCCUGCAAGGCUCACAGGUGCCUCUGUCGAUGAGUUAAAGCUCAUCGCGUCGUUCCUCCUCUCCUAUCCUCUGGCCGGGUUAUUGAAAAGAGUCCCCGACGGUCAGCCAUGGAAGAAAAAUGCCUUCAUUAUCACCGUCUCGUUGUUUUACAUAGUGGGCUUGUUUGAUCUCUGGGAUGGCCUGCGGACGUUGCUGUAUAGCUCUGCCGGAGUCUAUGCUAUCGCCUACUAUGUGGAUGGAUCAUUGAUGCCCUGGAUCGGGUUCAUCUUCCUUAUGGGCCACAUGUCUAUCAGUCACAUUUACCGACAAAUCCUGAAUGAUAACCAGGUAGUUGAUAUCACUGGUGCUCAGAUGGUGCUGGUCAUGAAGCUCUCCUCGUUCUGCUGGAACGUCCACGAUGGCCGUCUACCGCAGGACCAGCUCUCGGACUCGCAAAAGUACGCCGCCAUCAGACACUUCCCCAGUAUCCUCGACUACACCGGAUACAUUCUUUUCUUCCCCUCUCUCUUUGCCGGUCCUUCCUUUGAGUAUGUGGAUUACCGCCGAUGGAUCGACACCACCCUUUUUGAAAUUCCCCCGGGCACCGACCCAAGCAAAGUGCCCCCAACCCGAAAGAAGCGCAAGAUCCCUCGGAGUGGAACACCGGCUACCAAGAAGGCUAUUAUGGGGCUGGGCUGGAUUUUGGCGUUUUUGCAGCUUGGUUCGCUCUAUAACCAGGACGUCGUGCUCAGUGAAGGGUUCAUGGAUUAUUCCUUCAUCCGACGGGUCUGGAUAUUGCACAUGCUUGGCUUCUCCACACGACUCAAGUAUUACGGUGUGUGGUCGUUGACCGAAGGUGCCUGUAUUCUGUCUGGAAUGGGCUACAAUGGAUUCGAUACUACCACUGGCAAGGUUUUCUGGAACCGACUGGAGAAUGUCGAUCCGUGGGCCCUCGAGACAGCACAGAAUUCGUACGGCUAUCUAGGAGGCUGGAACAAGAACACAAACCACUGGUUGCGCAACUACGUAUAUCUGCGCGUGACCCCCAAGGGCAAGAAGCCCGGCUUUCGCGCCAGCCUGGCGACUUUCGCGACAAGUGCAUUCUGGCAUGGCUUCUACCCCGGCUACUACUUGACUUUUAUUUUGGGGUCUUUCAUCCAAACUGUGGCCAAGAACUUCCGACGAUACAUCCGUCCCUUCUUCCUCUCGCCGGACGGUACCAAGUUCACCCCCUACAAGCAAUACUACGACAUUUUCAGCUGGCUCGUCACGCAGCUGACCAUGUCCUUUGCCGUUCUUCCCUUCAUCCUGCUUUCCUUUAAUACUUCCAUGGGCGUCUGGUCCGGUGUAUACUUCUACGGCAUCAUCGGCAAUCUCCUUUCGAUUGUAUUCUUCGCCAGUCCAGCCAAGGCCUACCUCACCAAGAAGCUCAAGGCCCGCAACAGGCCUCAUCCCACCCGCACCGUCAGUGCAGACAGGCCACCAACCCUGGGUCUCCCGAAUGACCCUGCUCGUGAAUUCGAUGAAGCCGUGCAGGAAAUCAAGGCUGAGAUUGAUGCUAGAACCAGACGCGGCAGCGUCGUCAGCAUGCCUACUGGUGAGGAAUUGAAGGCUGCCGUGGAACAGAAGAUCGGUCAUAAGCUGUGAGAACUUGACUGUGGCUCUUCCUCACUGGCUUUCCCCCUCUGGCUCCAAAAAGUCUCUUGCAAAAGGGCUGGGUCAAUUAUCAUUAAGACCACGCAUUGCUAUUGCUGGUAUCGUUAUUGCACUUUGUAAUGGGUAUUUGCGACGACUGGGUCAUUUCAUGUUUUCUGCUUCUUGUCUCU